GUCAUUCUUGCCUAUAAGGUAUUAAUUUGUUUUCGUUUAAUAGGUACUCAUAAUAGAACAAGACAAUCAACUAUGUUGCCGUUUUUCGGUUGCUCUCAUAGGACGCGUCUGCAAUCUUUUGUACCCGAUCGCCAACACACCCUGACUUUGUCACCUGAGGAUAUUGUAACCCUGGCUUCUGUUCAAGGGAAUAAUUACUACCGUCCUUGGCUGAAAAAUCUCAUGAAGGCACCAUCAAAGAUUUCUUCUAACAGGAACAAGUUCCAGGUCAAUUUGGACGUCCAGCAUUUUGCUCCGGACGAACUAACAGUAAAAGCUGCAGAUGGUUUUCUGAUUGUCGAAGGUAAACAUGAAGAAAAGAGAGAUGACCAUGGUUGGGUUACUAGGGAAUUUAAGAGAAGGUAUGAGCUUCCCAAUGGUUGUGACAUUCGAGGUGUGCAGUCUCGUUUGUCCUCUGAUGGGGUGCUGACGAUUGACGCUCCGCUGGAAAGGCUUAGUCCUAAUGAACGCAUUGUUCCUAUCACUCCUACUGGACCAGUGAGGACAGAGGCGACUGAUUCGAAGACGGAAAUAGCUGGACCAGGUGGUGAAGCCGCAGCUCUCCCAGCCGCAUUAGCAGUUCCCCCGCCAGUUGCGAACGGGCAAUAAAAACCAUAUGACCAGAAAUGUUGAUUAUUAUUGAGUAAUCAAUUUUAAAACGGCUCUAUUACUUAGUGCACAACAUUAUGGUGAUAGAGAAGUUGGAUUUAAUAAAGCGGUUCAGUAUUUAUGUUAUGGUUCUUAAAAACUGCAAGAAGUGUAUUUAUUUUGGUUCGUUUUCUGUUUGAUUUCACUUGUACACUCCUUAUAAUUAAUAUAUGAUGUUGUUUAAAUGUGUUGUGUAUG